CGUAAAGACAGUGAUAAAAAACCUGAGUUUAUUAGCCCACCAAAAAAUGUCUUAAGACCGGCAUUGUUUGCAGUAAAUGAAUACAUCGGCAAAGUUGUGCGCGGAACAAUCAGCUAGCAUUCGGCUGCUGCGGCUAGCCGUAGCUGCUAACUGGUUAUAAAUUACCGUUAUAUCACUUGGCUGCUAACUAUGCUACUCAUGUCUGUAAGCAGCAGCUGGGAUAUAAACUUCUGCGAAACAUAAUGUUAGCUGCUAUUUAUUUCACAUGUAUACAAUGUCUUUCUGCUGGACGUAACGUGUGUAGCAGUUGUCGAGCUAGCAAGCUAGCAUGUCCCCAAUAUUACUAACGUUAAAGGGGCUAACAUGGAGCUAACAUGGAGCUACAUCGCAGAUAGCCGAGAAGAACCAGCGAAGGUGCCCACAUUCUGCUGCAGAGGAGAGAGCACCAGGAUGAGGAGACUGUAGGCACCCGCCGUAGUAUGGCCGCGUCCCGUUCUUCGCGCGUCACAAGGUCAUCAGUGGGGCUCAAUGGAUUGGAUGAGAACUUUUGUGGUCGAACCCUCAGGAACCGCAGCAUCGCCCAGCCGGAGGAGACCUCCGUGUCUCCGCUACCCAGGGCCCGUUCGCCCAAGAAGAAGCAGGACGCCAAGCAGGAGUCGAAGCAGGACGCCAAGCAGGAGUCGAAGCAGGACGCCAAGCAGGAGUCGAAGCAAGACGCUAAACAGGACGCCAAGCACGAGUCGAAGCAGGACGACAAACAGGAGUCGAAGCAAGACGCUAAACAGGACGCCAAGCAGGAGUCAAGGCAGGACACCAAACAGGAGUCAAAGCAAGAUGCUAAACAGGACACCAAGCAUGAUACAAAGCAGGACACUGAGCAGGAUGGCCAGCAGCAGGCCUCAUUGCAGGGAAAGUUAACUGACUCAAAUGCUUCUGCAGCUGAGGCAGAGCAAUGGACCAGCUCCAGGAAGCGGGGUGUGUCCUGUUUGGAAAAAGACAAUAGUCCUGAGAAGUCCGAGAACUGUGAUAGAGGGAAGGGGGCGCAGGAUGCCUCUCCUCAAAUUAAAAGGGCCAAGCGAUGCUCCCGCUCUGGAGAGUCUCAGGGACACGAGGAGGACCCUGAGCUUCUGAAAUCUGAAAGUCCGGUCUCUGUCCCAGAGCCUAGCAAGGACAACAGUAGUGAAGAACUUUCCAGCCAAAACUCUGCUAACACAGCUCCUGCCUCACCAGUCCUCAGUAAAGAGGAAGGUGAGCUGACAGGGGGGACGGCAGAGGAUGGUCAUGUGGAGUGUGACGGGGCAGCUCAGCCCCCAAACGCUCACAAGGCCUCUAAUGGACUCAGAGAGAAUAAAACAGAGGAACCUAGCACACUCACUGAAGAGCCAAGUGCAAAUCCCGCCUCUGCCACCAACUGCCCGUCGCUGCUCAACGGUAGUCAGACGGGGGCUCCCUCAUCCCCUGACCCCGCUGUGCCUUGUAGAAACUCUGGCCCUGUGCAGAUGGAGGUCCCUGGCUCAGGGGAAUCGUCAGCCUCAUCUGCUCCGACGUUUGAGGCUGUUCCAGAGGAUCCUGUCCCUGAGUUGGUCGUGGCCAAGGAGCAGGAGGUGGAGGAGGUGGAGGUCGAUGUGGUGGGGGACCCCUUGUGUCUGGCCCACGAGGAGCAGGUGACGGAGAGCGAGAGCGAUACCAACGGCCGGCCGCUAACACCAGUGCAGGAAGCUGCUGCCUCCACCUCCUCCACCACCACCAACAACAACAUGAACAGUAGUCCAAUCAACAACAACAACAACAGCAACUCAGGAGAAACUACACCCCCACUAGCAACAACCCCCUCCCCCACAGAGCCAGGGUGUAACCCCUCAAUAUCCAGCACGCCCCCCUCUUUCACAGAGCUCUAUGAACACAGAUACACCCUGCGGACUUCACCCAGGAGGGCUGCCACUGGUGGCAAAGCUUCCUCCUCCAAGCCCAGCUCUCCUCCUAGAGACAAUGGUCCCUUGAGGGAGGAGGGGGAGGUGGUGGUAGGGCUGGAGGAGGACUGCCCCAUGGCGGAGGAACCUGCUCCCUCAGACUCUUUGGGCCCCUCCAGUGAGGAGCCGGUGUCCAUGGAUCCUGGAGACAGGGCAGGUGGUGAGGACGGUGGGCCUGUGGAGGGAAAAGAGGCCGAGAGCAGCAAGGAGCUGACACGCAGCCAGGCGGCUGAGGAGGAGGAGGAAGAGGAGGAGCCAGACGUUUAUUACUUUGAGUCUGACCACCUGGCUCUUAAACACAACAAAGAUUAUCAGAGGCUGCUGCAGACCAUUGGAGUUCUGGAGGCCCAGCGCACACAGGCCAUCCUGGACUUGGAGACUUUGGCACGUCACCAGAGGGAGGCACUCGCCGAUCCCAUCAGCUUUGUGGAGCAGCUGCAGAAAAGGGUGAAUCUAGGUUUGCCGUGUCCCCAGCGAGUCGUCCAGGUCCCUGACAUUGCGUGGGAGCAGUACACCUCAGGCCUCGGCGAUUUUGAGAGAGAGUUCUGCGACAAAAAACGCAAAACCAGGCGGCUAAAGCUGAUCUUUGACCAAGGUUUACCACUUCGACCAAAAAGUCCUGUGGAGCCCAAGAAGGAAGGCGAAUCCUCCACCAUGUACUCCUCUCUGCCCACUAGUGACGCCCCAGAGAACGGCAGGCAAACGCAGAUGAUCAGGGGGAGGAUUUGUCAUUCAAACAAGCCUGACACAUUUAACCAGCUGUGGACUGUGGAGGAACAGAAAAAACUGGAGCAGCUUCUUGUUAAGUUCCCUCCGGAGGAAGUGGAGUCCAGACGAUGGCAGAAGAUUGCAGAUGAACUCGGCAAUCGAACAGCAAAACAGGUUGCCAGUAGGGUUCAAAAGUACUUCAUCAAACUGACAAAAGCUGGUAUCCCUGUGCCUGGAAGAACACCCAACCUGUGCAUGUACACUAAAAAGGCAUCCAGUAAGAGGCAGCAUCACCUUAACAAGCACCUGUACCGGCCGUCCACUUUCCUGACCUCCUAUGAGCCUCCGGUCUACAUGGACGAAGACGACGAGCGGUCGGCAUAUUACAGCAGCAUGCAGGACCCUUCUGCUGAUGAUUCGGAUGAAGAGGGAAUACCUGUGGAGUUUAGAAAUUUGCCAGAGUACAAAGAGCUUUUGGAGCUGAAGCGGCUGAAAAAACAGAAGCUCCAGGAGAUCCAGGAGGAUAAGGUCGGGGUUCGGCAUGUAGGAUACAAGUGUGAUGUCUGCGGCAUGGAGCCUAUCCAGGGAGUGCGGUGGCACUGUCAGGAUUGUCCGCAGGACAGCUCGGUUGAUUUCUGCUCCAACUGUUCCGACUGCUUGUUCAAGACAGAGACCCACAAGCCUAACCACCACCUGGAACCGGUGUACCAGCCAGAAACCUUUCUGGACAGGGACUACUGCCUGCCACAGAGCGCAGGCUACAACUACCUGGACCCUAACUACUUCCCAGCCAACAGAUGACAGGGUCCCAGGCGCCCCUAGCUCCAGGCUCUCUCCACAUAUCCCACAGGCCACUCUGUGCAUGGCUCCAUCCUCCAAGUCCAAGAUAACCGCUUAACCCGCCGCCAGGCAGGAAGGCCAGCAGGCAGGCAGACAGCCAGGGGCCUCAGAGCAGACCACAGUGCUGCUGGUGGGGGGCUGUUGGUAAACUGGCCUCCCUGACUCGAGCAAAGGGCGGCCAUGUUGGUUCCUCAGAACAAGGUGGCCCCCGCUCCACCUCAGCCAGGUUAAUCAAAGGAUCUGUGAUUUGAAAUGAUACACUAUUUUUAAAAACAAAGAAAAAAAAAACAAACAAAAAAAAAAACAGAAGGCACACCGACAUUCCCGAGCUCUGUGACUCCAGGAGGGCUGUCCCUGUUCCCCCCCCCCCCCCCCCCGUCGCCUUCCAGUUACCUCCCUGUGCUGCUUUGAAACUGGAGAACUGAUGAUCAGUCUGGUGAAGCAUCACCUAAUGGAGAUAUGUGGUUGACCAGUGUGUCAUAGUGGACUGUGAAGUCAUCAACUGAGAUACACAUAGGUGGUUUGUAUGUGUGUAUGUGGUCUCCGUGUUAUGCAAGAGUGAAAAAUGUUCUAGCUAGGUAUCUGUAGAUUGAGUAUUUAUGAGCCGCACGUCCUCAGCGGGCUGCUGCGAGAGAAGUUAGGCGGUGUGGAACUUGAUGCCGAGGCCGGUGUGUUUUUUGGUUGCAGACUGUAGGAAGUUCUGCUGAUCCAGAUGACGUUCUGCAGACAGACCUGUAUGUGUUCAACGGAUUGUGCGCCAUGUUUUUUUUUUUUUUUUUUUUUUUAAAGCAUGGAGCCAAAUCCCCACCACUGUCACACAACGCUGCUCUCUACCCCUCACCUUUCAAACACACACACACACACACACACACACACACAGACAGACAGAUGCACACUUUCAUCUCUUUUUUCUUUUCCCUUUGCUCUCUCCACUAAAACAUGUCUAACAACGAAGCACUACAGCAUGGAGAGCAAAUGUUUUUUGAAGGCAGGCGAAUGAGAACGAAUGGAAAAUACACAAGACUGUGUUUUUGUUUUUUUUCUCCUCCCCCAAUGUGUGCCGUUAUUGAUCAUGUUGAGUGUACAAGUAUAUGGUGAAAAGUAGCCAGCGCUAGUUGCUGUGUGCCAUUUUUAAAAAAAAAAAAAAAAAAAAAGAAAUUGUUUUUGGGGGUAAUUCCACCUCUGAACUCAGCCACAACUUCUCCCUUCCUGCGUGGCGCCAUCGACCCUCAUUGUCCUACAUUACUGAUCAGUCAUCAUGCCUCUAGAUCUUCUUUAAUUUUGCAGUUCACUUUAAAGGUCCAUUUAAAAGAUUGUAUUUUUAUUAAUCUAUUUAAAAAGUGAAUUGAGGUAGUGGUUGGUGCCUCCACAGUGGAACAACCCACACAAUUUUAUACACAUAGAUUUUGUUGUGCUUGAGUAGACACCAUUUUGUAUGGUUUUCGUCUCCUUCCCUCACCCCCUUUUCCCUGCUUCAAUAUCUGUGUAUAACAGUCUGUUCUUAUGUAAAAAAAAAUAAUAAUGUAAAAAAAAAAAUGCUAGAGGAGAACCGUGGAAAUAAAAAUAUGUGCAAAUA